GCAAGAUGGCGGCGCCCAUAGAGUUUGCGGCGGAUUUGUGUAUAUGCACUCAGUUGCAGGACCGUCAGGUGUGUCAGGUGAGCAGCGAGCAGUUAUUUGACUAUCACUGCAGUAUGGAAAAUGAGCACCCCGGGGACACUUUGUUAGGAUUAUUCAAAGGAGAUUUUGAAGAGGAGCUGUUUCAUUUCAAUCUAAUGGAUCACCGGACUGUUUUGCUGGUGUUUCUCUGCUUUCUGCUCGUCUCUGUGCGCUCAGAAGUGCAGAAAGAUUUCUCUCCCGAAUGCCGUGAGUUUAUGUAUAUGGGAACUCCCCCACGGGGUCUGGAGAACCACUCUCUUAAAAAGAUCUGCCAGCGUUAUAACGGCAAGCCUCGGUACGUUACUCUGUAUGAUGUGGUGGAUCACAUCCCGGUGUAUUCUGCGUACACUUUCAAACGCUCCGACGGCUUCAAGAAGGUUGACGUUCCUUGGAUGUUCGAGCCCCAGCUCUCCACGGCGUCAGACUCUGGUGAGAUGCAGCCAUUUCCUCCCAGUGAUGUCCACGACAGUUUUUCAGACGCCCAGGCCGUCUUGGAAGACUACUCAAACAUGGUUGAUUUCGAACGAGGCCAUUUGAACCCCGACGAGCACCAGGCUCACCCCGAUGACAAGGCAGCCACGUACACCCUCACCAAUGUGGUCCCACAGAUCCGCGAGUUCAACGUGGGCCACUGGAAACAACACGAGCACAUCAUCCGCCGUCGACUCAAUAACUACUGCCGCGGCAUGGCAUACAUAGUCACGGGGGUCACCACAUCUGGUAGGAUGAUCCGUAAAUACAACAUCAAUCGAGUGGCCGUUCCUACCUACCUGUGGUCGGCCUACUGCUGCAUCGAUUACGAUCACAAUGCCCCCUUUGAUGAGCGAUCCAGAUUCCCGGCCUUUGCAGCCUAUGGGCUCAACGAGAAAGAAGGAGCGGAGGUCAUAGAGAUGUCUGUGCAGCAACUGGAAAUUUUUUUGAAGAAGAACACCUUUGUGGACAAAAGGUUUCAGAUUUUCUUUGGGAACUGUGAGCCUAAUGAUGCCAUAAUGAAAGUCCAGGCUUAGGUGUCUUCAUCUUGCUUCUCUUAACCUAAAUUCAUAAACACAUUUUCAAACAUCAUUCAACUGUUAGAAUUGUGUUCUGUAGAAUGAAUAUUCUGCCAUAUGCUCUUAAAUAAAAGGUUCCAAUUAGAUUUUACAACUUAAUGAGACAGAAAAAGACUUUCUUCUAGAUUCCACUGAAUUCAUUCUUUAGUUCUUUAGAAAUCUAUUUUUUCAUCUACACUACUGCUCAAACGUUUGGUGUCAGUAAGAUUUUUGAUAUAAGUCUCUUACUGUUUAGCAAGGCUGUAUUAUUUGAUGAAAGAUACAGUAAAAUUGUGAAAUAUUAAUAACAUUUUAAAUAACUGUUUUCAAUUUUAAUAUAUUUGAAAAGUGUGAGGGCAAAGCUUAAUUUCCAUCAGUUGUCUGAAGUGUCACAUAAUCCUUUAAAAAACAUUCUAAUAUUUGUAAUUUUUGGAAACCAUUAUCCAUUUUUUUUAGGAUUCAAAAGAAAAGCAUUAUGGAAAUCUUUUCUUUUGUAACAUUAUAAAUGACUUUUCUGUCACUUUUGAUCAAUUUAAUGCACCCCUUGCUGAAUAAAAUAAUUGUAUUCUAAAUACAUACAUAUAUACAUACAUAAAGCACCCCUUUGAUUGGUAAGGUAUGUGAUUUAAAGAACCUGCAGUUUGAAAAACUACAAAAAACACUGCAUAACCUUCAUUUUUAAGGGUGUACUGAAUAAGAUUUUGAGCAUUAGACCCUGAAGAAUUUUCCCUAAGAUGCAUUUUACUUAAUUGUGUAUGAUUGCGGGCAAAAGCUAAAAUAAUUGGAUAUAACAAUGUUAACUUAUUUGGAUAUAACACUGUUCUCUCUCUCUCGUUUUGUUUUUGUUUGUUUCAUUUGAAGGGUGAAAAUCUGUAUCCAUUUCCUUUAGCCUUUACUGGUAGAAUUAAGAUCCAAUUUCAGUUUCAGAAAUAUUUUAUAUCGUCUAAUUAAGAAUAUUUGUCCAUGAGAGGACUGAAAAGAAUGAUGAAAUGAGAGAGAUUUAAUGACAAUAAUCAUCUGGGGCCUUAGGGUUUUUAUUAGGUCCAUUAACUUCUUUAUAAGACUGCAACAGCUAAAUCUUUUUGUCACUUUGUAAGCUUUACUGCAAUUUAUCUGAAUAUUGUAACUCUUCUAAAAUAAAAAUUUACCAUUUAA